GCGGGUCUUUGUAAGGCUGUCAAUAAACACCCAUUCGAAUAUUGCGAUCCAUUGUAAAAUCAAAAUGAAUACUAGCAACCAGAUUAGGAGCGGGUCUUUCUUCUUCCACAGCUCAUGAGUCUUGACUCUGCAAAAGAUGACACUAUCAAAUUACGGACUUCACAAGAGAAAAUCACUGGUUUAAGAAUACUAGGACCGGUCCAGAGGGCCAGAGGCAGUUAUUGGACCAGUUCGGCCAGAUAUUUGUCUUGGCGUCACAUUCCAAUUGGGCAAAGGCUCCUCCAAUGCCCAAAUCCCACGGCCCACGCAGUAACUCAUUAAGGGUAAGCCCACCGACGGCCGAAGCCGACUAAGAGAAUAAAGGACCGUCGGGGCACCGAUGCGGCGACGCCACCGUUGAGCCGUCCGCCGACCGCAUUUUUCUGUUCUCCAAAUCGCCUGACUCUAGUUCUCUCAACAGUCUCAUUCUCUUGCUCUCUGCGACUUGCCGACUUCUGCUCGUCUCUGGCUGACUGGGUGCGAGUCUGUGAGUUCAAGCCAUAAGGAUAUAAGGAUUUGAGCAUAAAGUUCUGAAUGGCAAAAAAGAGUCUUUUACUAGGACAAAGAGGAAUGGAUAGUGAAAAUUUGAAUUUAGGGAGUAGUAAAAGUCGAAUUGAUGAUAUCAGAUGGCUUUGCUCACUAAACGAGUCUGAACUUGAUUUCCUAAUUAGUUUGAAAGUGAUGAUUCUCAGAGGAGCAAAAAAAAUCGGUUCCCAAGCUAUAGGCAAAAAUUUUGAUUUAAAGUUUCUCCGCGCUCUCAGUUUUAUUUUGAUGAACAAACUUAAAGGACAUCUUGAAGUCAUGCCAGGUUCUAUCGGGCCGUCGUCCUCGUCUUUGGAUAAUUGUACAUUGCUAAAGUUUGAUAUUGACCCUAGUUUCGAAGACUUGAGUAUUGAAGAGUUGGACACAUAUAUUUGCAGUGAAAAGAGAAAGAGAGUAUUUUCCGUGUUGUUCGGAGACAUGCCUCCCAGCCAGAAGCCAAGAACCGAGAGCUAAGAGGUGAUAGUAUGAGAAACAUAAAAUGGAACUGACAAUAGAAAAAAUAGAAAAAAUGAAACAUAACCAAUUUGGUUUCAUGUAAAUUUCCUAAGUCGUGUAAUUUCAUCUAUAGUAGCAACUUUAGAUCCUGAUGGUGUGUUCAUAUAGAAAAAAAUCUGUUUGCUCCAGUGUGUUAGAUCUGUCUGAAAUUCUGAAUGUAACAGUUCAAUUAUCAACCUAAAUGUGGGAAACUAGCUUAGAAUCUCACACCUCAUAUUGCAAAUG